AUGGAAAUUGAUGAAAUGCCAUCUUUAGAAAGAGAUGAUAUGAUCCCAUUAGGAUGUACUGAUGUAGAUAAUAUAUUGUGUGACCAACCAAUGGAAAAUUUAGAUGAAGAAAAUGACAACUUCAUUAGUUAUAGUGAUAUCGAGGAAGAUUCCUAUAGUGAUGAUAUUGAAAAAGAUGAUAAAUUUAUUAAUAACGAAUGCGACUCUAACCAAAGAUGGCCGGAUUGGGGAAACAAGGAAUUGCUAGGCGUGGUGGAGGACUAUUAUCAUUGCUACUUCCAGGCUAGUGCUAAUGGUAGUACAUUGUCACUCGCACGAGAGUCUCAUUGUUCUAUGAGUGUGCAUAUUGUUCCUUUUUCAGAGGGACAUGUCGAACAUAAUGUUGAAAUUGUGCUUGCCAAAAAAAAGCAAGCCAGUGAGAAGCUUAAUGUCGAGAUGCCUGAAGAGCUUGGGCAAAUAGUAGGAUUGGAAUGCCAAGCACUUAUAACAAAGUUGGGGUGUAUUAUUCGAAAGCAUGCACCUCUUCAAAUGACAAAAUGGGCAAAGAUUGACAAAGACAAUGGGGACAGUUUAGUACAAAUGGCUAAGGAACAAAUGGUGGAGCUUCAACCACAACUCGUAGGAGAGGAUGAAGCACCAGUUUGUGAGGAGAAAAUUUGCUUAGAGGUUCUUGGACACAAGUAA